AAAUCCUAACCUGUUUUAAAACAAAAGUUUGUCAGAAUUACAACUUAGUCAAUAAUAAAAACAAUCGAUUAUUUUUAAUUUAUUUAAACAAUUAAAUUUGAAUUAUUAGUUUGUAAUUAAUAAUGACACUGAAGUUAGCGGAGGUCUGAUAAUUUUUGAAUUUUUUAAAAAAUUGCAAAUCAUAGAAAAAAGAUUUCAAAAAAUUGCACCUAUAGAUUUUGCAAUUUUCUGCGUGCAUAUUUUUAGUUUUUUUCUUUUUGUAAUUUGUGGAAAAAAAAACUGAUUAUUAAUAAACAUGUUUUUAAAUAAAGUGGUGACUAAAGUACGCGGAUCCGCGGUAAAUUCAUUACAAAUAUUUAAGCGACUUGCAACGCACCACCCAGAUCAUUACAAGAGUCCAGAAGCACUUCAACGAGAAGAAGAGGAGUCUGAUGUACCAAGAGAACGACGUACAUUAAAAAAAUGGCGACGAAUGCCGGGUGAAUCACCUAUAGGCGAAUCAUUUCUGGGUAUGUUCAAUAAUCAGGCGGACAGAGAUGAUGCUGGAGGUUUUAUUUUCCGAGGAAAAACUUUCAACCCCACAGACUUUAGACACUGGUAUAAAAUACGUCAGUAUGAGUACUUGCAGUUUGAUCAAAAGUAUCUUACUGACCGUAAUCAAGCAUUGGGUAAUGACUUAGCCGCAGUACAUUUCGUUGUUUAUAGAAAAGGUAAAAUCCGUAAAAAAGGUGAGACCGAGAUGUGGGACAUCUCCGACAUGAUCAAGAUACCAAAUUCUUACCAACGCGAUUGGUAUGUUGAGGAAAUAGAUGUCAGUAAUACUACAAUUGUUUACGAAGGUAUUGAAAAUUUCAAACAUCUGAAAUGGCUCAGACGACUGACAUUUAAAAACUGCAAGUACUUUGAUGACUGGUGCCUAGACAGAGUUGUCGGUUUGUGUCCAACUGUUGAGUACUUGGAUAUUUCCGAGUGCGAAAAAGUAACAGAACGCGGUCUAGAAGCUCUCUACAGAGCAUGGAAUUUAAAAGAUUUAAUUGUCACUGAUUACUCUGACAGUCCAGCGUUUGAAUUGACGUGUAUGAUGAUCGAAGACUGUCUACCAAAUUUGAAAAUUCAUAUAACGAAAGCACCCAAGAAAGAAUCUGAGGAAAAUAAAAAUCCUGAAGAUAAAGAGCAGGAAGAAAUGCAAGAAAAAGAAGCUGUUCAAAAUAAAAAUUAAUUCAUAUUUUUUAAACACUAGUUAUAGAUCUGUGUAUAUAUAUAUUAAGUAUUAUAAAUACAAUGGAAAUGUUAAUUUAA